AUGAAGGCCGAGGGCAAGCUGAACGAGCAGCCCAUCUCGCUGAUGUUUCCCGGACAGCCGUCGUCGAUGCUGACGCCGCCUUGCGGCGGCAUCCACCAGGCGACGUCGGCCAGCUUCCAGCCGUGGUUGGAAGCCCCGCCCCUGCAGCCCGUGGUCCGCCAGGCGCAGGUGCCGUGCGCGGCGCUCGCGGGCGUCCAGGUGACGCUGGAGAACAGCGACCUCUGGACUAAGUUCUACGCCAUCGGCAACGAGAUGAUCAUCACCAGGCCCGGCAGGCGCAUGUUCCCGGUGAUGCAAGUCCGCGUGAGCGGCAUGGAGCACAGUUCCUACUACAUGCUGCUGCUGGACCUGGUUCCGAUGGACAACUUCCGGUACCGGUUCCUGGGCAACUGCUGGCUUCCCGUCGAGCCGGCCACCGACAGUUCGCCCGACGACUGCGUUGGCGGCGACGGAAGGCCGUACCUGCACGAGAACGGGCCCUGCCUCGGCUCCCAGUGGAUGAUGAGGCCCGUGAACUUCGGCGCCGUCAAGCUCACCAACCAGAAGAGCAACACCGCGCAGAAGAUGAUGUUGCAGUCGAUGCGCAAGUACGUUCCACGCGUGCACGUGUUCGCCGGCAGUGACGUGCAGCAGCUCGACUACCGGCGCUUCAAGACGUUCGUGUUCCCGGAGACCGGGUUCAUCUCGGUCACCUCCUACCAGAACGAGCAGCGCGGUUAA